AUGAAAUCUUUAGUUGAGUAUGAUACGGUAAAACGCUUUAUAAUGAACGACAUUCCAUUUGAAAUUGUGCGGAAUCCACCACCAAUUCACUGUUUGAGUCUUCCAUUAUUACCAAGUGUUGGAAAUAUUAUUGCACCAGCAAUCGAGUACAAUAACGAAUGUGAUCUUACGAGAUUAAAACACUCGCCCAUUUGUCAUUGGUUUGUAAAAAUCGCACGAGAUCCAAUCAACAUUAAUGAUGAGAUGUUUGUAAAUCCAAAGAAAAAUAAAAUCGACACAGUGUCUUGUACAUUUUUAGACGAAAAAUCUCGAACAUUUUUGGUAGACGGUCAUACUUACCGUGGAAGCGGUGCCACAUUCGAGCCAUCGGCUGAAGAUGUUUCGAGAAAAAUUGUUGCGAUAAUUGAUUUUGGAGAAGAUUUUCCUGUCUACUACGCGGUUUCACAUUUUCCAAUUUUGGAAUACAAGCCUGUCAUUACGCAAGAUCAGGUCGAGUGGUGUGGAAGCAAUCCUACUUUCGAAACGGGCCCAAUAAUUCGUGUUUUAAGCUACAAUGUUCUAGCUGAUCACUACUUAAACCUCGCAUUAGAUCAACCAAAUUUAAUGUUCAAUUAUUGCCCGAAGAUCUAUCAAAGAGCAGCAUAUCGAAUUCCACUAGUGUUAUGUCAAUUAAGAGAUUUUGCGCGAAGCUCCGUAUCAAUAUUUUUUCUCCAAGAAGUCGAUUUCACUAGGAAAUUCAAUUAUGUCGAGAUUCUUUUCAAUUCAUUAGGAUUCGAAUGUUAUCAUGUAAAGAAAGGGAAACAAGUUAACGAAGGAACGAUAAUCGCUUUUGACAAAAAUCGAUUUGAAUUUGUAUCGACAAAUAGCUUCGAAGUGCCCGACUUGAUAUUUGAUGAACCUGAGAACGAAGAAGUUCGAAGGAUAUUGGACUGUUCGAAAGAAGUCAAAAAACGAGUAAUGUCGCGGCCGACUGUUUUACAAAUUGUAACAAUUCGUGACAAGCCAACGAAUUCGAUAUUAAUGUGUGCCAAUAUUCAUUUGCCCUUCAAUCCCAAAGAAGAAUAUAUAAAACCGCUUCUUGCUUUGGUCGCAGUCAAGAAAUUGAUCAAAGAGAAAGCCGACACAACUACACAGUUUCCAAAUAAUGCAGUCAAAUUAAUAUUUGGCGGCGAUUUCAAUAGCAUUCCUGGUGGGCCGGUUUUCGAACUUUUGACAAAGGGUUCCAUUGAUAAUAAACAUGAAUGCUGGUCAUUAAACAAUUCAAUACGAGCCGAACAUUUAAAGCUUCCGAACAUUGAACCGCUAACACUUUUGUCUGGAGUCCCGUCGUAUACGAAUUUUACAAAAGAUUUUGUUGGGAGUAUUGACUAUAUUUGGGGUAGAGAUGUCACUUUGUACCGUAAUUGCCCAAUGCCGAGUCAUGCUAGCGUUUCUGAACAUAUUGCAAUUCCUUCGAAAACAUGUCCCUCUGAUCAUCUGCCUAUCAUAGUGGAUGUUAUGUUAUAA